AUGGAGAGGAAACAAGGGUUUUUAUCGGCGUUGGAGGACGUUGUCCGCGGGCUGUCUCCGGCGAGGUCACGGGCGAAGAGUCCGGGCCGGAGCGUGUCGCCGAUGUCGGGUCUGCUCCGUCGGAAGGCCAGCUCGAGUAAUUCCGACAAUUUGAUUGCGAGAUCGGGGAGCCUGAGGCCGGUGGGUGAGACUCUGACUCCGUUGAUGGAGGGCCCAGAUCCGAAUGAGGAGGAAAUUGGCCAAUCGAAGCGGCUCGGGUCGGGUAUCGGGAAGUGGGUCCGGGGUCAGCUGACCCGGAAUCCGUCUGUCGCCGUCAACGAGAGCGGCGGCGGCAAGAGGUCGGAUUUGAGGCUGCUUCUCGGUGUGAUGGGUGCGCCCCUUGCUCCGGUGCACGUUACCACCACCGACCCUCUGCCUCAUCUCAGUAUAAAGGACACGCCCAUUGAAACUUCAUCGGCACAGUACAUACUGCAACAGUAUACUGCAGCCUCCGGCGGGCAAAAAGUCCAAAACUCCAUAAAAAACGCAUACGCCAUGGGAAAGCUGAAGAUGGUAGCUUCCGAGUUUGAAACUGCAACGAAGGUAGUCAAGAACAGAAACCCCGCCAGAGCUGCUGAGUCUGGUGGAUUCAUUCUGUGGCAAAUGAAUCCCGACAUGUGGUACGUCGAGCUUGCAGUCGGGGGAAGCAAAGUUCACGCAGGCUGCAAUGGUAAGCUCGUCUGGCGCCACACUCCAUGGCUCGGAGCUCACGCAGCAAAGGGACCUGUUCGGCCCUUGCGCCGUGCUCUUCAGGGGCUUGAUCCAAGAACAACUGCUAGCAUGUUUGCAGAUUCCAUAUGCAUAGGUGAGAAAACCAUUAACGGCGAGGAUUGCUUCAUCCUAAAGCUAGCUGCCGACCCUCAAACGCUCAAGGCGCGUAGUGAAGGCCCAGCCGAGAUCAUUCGCCACGUCCUGUUCGGCUACUUCAGCCAGAAAACAGGCCUUCUGGUCCACAUGGAAGAUUCCCAUCUGACCCGAAUCCAAUCCAACGGUGGGGAAGCUGUCUACUGGGAGACCACAAUCAACUCUUUCUUAGAAGAUUACCGUCCGGUGGAGGGAGUUAUGAUAGCACACUCCGGCAGGUCUGUUGUGACCCUUUUCCGGUUCGGAGAGAUGGCAAUGAGCCACACCAAGACCCGUAUGGAGGAAGCAUGGACUAUCGAGGAGGUUGCUUUUAAUGUUCCUGGUCUUUCUAUGGACUGCUUCAUACCGCCAGCUGAUCUGAGGUCGGGAUCUGUUAGUGAGGCCUGCGAGCUUCCUCGUGAAGACAGGGGCAAAUCAGUAAUUGCGCUCGCCAAGCACGGGGCGAAGGUUGCCGCGCUCGGAGACAGCCGAGCUGGUGGUGGAAAUGUGAUGUGGAAAGUCGAGAUCUGA